CCUGGUGCUUCUUAAGCUAAAGCAGAUCACGGCGCUCAGGAGCUGCUCAGGCACAACCCGGCAGAGUUCCUCCAGCAUUAGAGCCUGGUAACGGUUGGCAAGUGCCUUUUUAUUUCUCCAAAACCCUUCCCUAGUUGACCUUCAAAAUGAUUGGCGUGAAUAGUGUUCAGAGUACCAGCAAGGUACGAGUGAGGACCUCAGGUUCCGUGAAAUACUCCCGGGAGGAUUCUAUCCGGCGGCAGUCCCACCGGUCAAAGUCUAUGAAAAUUUCCAACUCCUCAGAGUUUUCUGCUAAGGAGACCAAGGCUCUGUACAACUCAAUCAAGAAUGAGAAGCUUGAAUGGGCGGUAGAUGAUGAGGAGAAAAAAAAAUCUCCCUCAGAAGGUACUGAUGAGAAGGCUAAUGGAACACAUCCAAAGACCAUCAGUCGCAUUGGGAGUACUACCAACCCAUUUUUGGACAUUCCUCACGACCCAAAUGCUGCUGUGUACAAAAGUGGAUUCUUGGCUCGGAAAAUCCAUGCGGAUAUGGAUGGAAAGAAGACUCCAAGAGGAAAGCGAGGAUGGAAAACCUUUUAUGCUGUACUGAAAGGAACAGUUCUUUACUUGCAAAAGGAUGAAUAUAAGCCAGAAAAGGCCUUGUCUGAAGAGGACUUGAAAAACGCUGUGAGUGUGCACCACGCCCUGGCAUCCAAGGCCACGGAGUAUGAGAAGAAGCCGAAUGUGUUUAAACUUAAAACUGCUGACUGGAGGGUCCUGCUUUUUCAAACCCAGAGUCCAGAGGAAAUGCAAGGGUGGAUAAACAAAAUUAAUUGUGUUGCAGCUGUGUUUUCUGCACCACCCUUUCCAGCAGCCAUCGGCUCUCAGAAGAAGUUCAGCCGCCCACUUCUGCCUGCCACUACAACAAAAUUAUCUCAGGGGGAGCAGCUGAAAUCUCACGAAAGCAAGCUGACACAGAUUACCACCGAGCUGGCUGAGCACCGCUCGUAUCCCCCCGACAAGAAAGUCAAAGCCAAGGACGUGGACGAGUACAAACUGAAAGAGCACUAUCUGGAGUUUGAGGUACAUAACUGAGUUCCUUUAUGAUUUGUCCAUGAGGUAAAAAUGUUUACUGUAACUGUGGGAAGCGUGCCUUGGCCCUGGUUCUAGGCUUAGAACUUCUAGCACAG